AUGGGUGGCCGCGGACGCGUGAAGCGCCAACAAGUCGAGGCCGAUGAUGGCUGGACAGUCAUUACCCAUGGGCUGUCGAACCUCACGGUGGGCAACACGAAGGGGAAAGGGAAGGGGAAUGGUCCUCGACACAACGCAUCGCAAGCCGGCGCAAUGCCAGCGGCCACUGUAGACGGCUUGACAGCUGAAAAGCUGCUCCUCGACUUCAACCACCGCACCGAGAAAUGGGAGGCUACGGCCUGUGCGCAGCACUUGCAGGAUGUGUUGGCAAAGACGGAGUGGGAUGUGAGAGAGGCCGUGUGCAUCGGCAUCGGCAGCUUCAGUCGUGAUUGGGAACACAGACAUAGAGCCAUGUGGCAGCUUGUCUUGUUCGUGUCCGUCGUCUCGCACAUGCGGAAGAGCAAUGUGGAGGUGAAACUCUACGCCCAAGAACCAGCCUUCACGCCCCUCGACCGCACGUUCCUCUCUCUCCUCGACGUCGGCGUCUGCACCAACGAUAUUGAAUCUCACAUCACGACCCAUUCCUUUGUGUUCAGUCCGUUUGUCGACUGGUACAUACUCCUCCCCAUGUUCUUGAAGGGCAAGGAGCCCGUGCUGUACGUGGGCAACGAGAUUCUGGAUGAUUAUGGGGCAUUUGCACAGAGCGAGGAGAAGAGGGAGAAGCUAGAAGAGUGUAAUGAGCUGGGUAAGAAGUGGUUGACGAAGAGGGACACGGUGAGAUUGAGGGAUUUCGAGAUGCAUCCGCAUGCUUUGAAUGGGAUGGUUGUUUAUUGGGUCAAGGACGGUGAAGGAGAUGGAGUAGAGAUGGAAGCGACAGGCCAGAAGGAAGCGAUCGAGAACGAAGCAUCGAAGACUGCAGACCGAACCCAUGGAAAGGGGGCAGAGAAGAAACCAGACCAGGAAACAGACAGAAAGGAGGAUGCGGAGGAAAGAUCAGAAACAGACGACUGA